AUGCGCACAUUGAAGAGCGAAGGGAGUGGUGUGCAAGGUAGCGAGUUGUUGUCGGUAUUGAUGCGUCCGGAUGGUACCCGGCCUGAGCCGGAUGGUUGUACGGCUCAGGUGGUGACGAUGCGCGUGGGUGGGCUUGUUGGAGGACGUGAGGUAACAGCAGUGGUAUUGGCUCCGGAGACGGCGUUUCAUUUGGAGUUGGCUGUUGGUGAAAGUUCGCCGUUGAUGAUGGAGCGGACGCUGGUAGAGGGAGAGAAGUACGACUGGUUUGAGCUGUGGGAUCGGUUGAUGGUGUGGCGUCCGAAGGAGGGUCCUGCGACGGACGCGCGUGCGGAGGCGGCGUUGCUGAGUACGCUGCGACGCCGUUUGGCAAGUACCCACAGGAACAGGCCGGAGGCGGUGGAGGCAUUGUGUAGUGAGGUAUUUGGAGGACACCUACGCGAUCUGUACGAGGUACUGAACGAUGUCGGCGAGAUGUGCAUGGGUCCUAACGGCUACGAGAUGCAGCGCCGUGCGGACGAGGAUGACAUCAGCGUCGCUUUGACGCGCGAGGUGGACCCCUCGGAGUUGAACGAGAUCCUGGACCUCGUGCCCGAAGACUGGAAGCCGGUGAUGCGAAGAUCUGUCGCCCGGGAUACCAACUCAGAAAACUCUCAUAACACAAAGUGCGGAACAGCGUUGAAAUGCUGCGGGUACACCACCGCUACUAUUGUCACACUGGCCGCGGCUGCCGGCCUCAUGGGACUCGCUGCGCAUGCCGUGUGGCCCCACGCUGACUUGUGGCCCUGGAACGACAAACGGAUGACGAAACGAGGUUUCGAACGGAGCCUUGUAACUAUACCGUUCGAAACUACACCGGGGAUGUGCCCUCAAUUUGGCGACAACCAGACCGCUGUCGUCUGGACAUCCGAUGCACCCGCGUCCUUGGCGCCUUGUGGCAGUGGCACUCUACUAUGCGGAAACGGCACCAUGACCACACGAUGCAGCGACUUCGGCAGCCCCUGGCCGGUCUCCUUCCCGAUGGUCUGGAAUACCGCUAACCAGUUCCCAAACCAGCAGUGCCAAGUCCUCUGCCACACACCCCAACAAACCUACAACUCACUAAACACGCGACUCCUCAGAAGUUUCCCCCUCGAUACCCCGUCAAACGCCUCACUAUUUGGUAACACGACGAUGAUGUCCGGGAAUACCACUGUCGUCCCAACCAUGUCGCGCGAGGAACAAAUCCAGCGGCUUCUCGCAGCACUCGUUCUUGACCCGAAGUGCUCAGGCUCCGCCCCGUCCUGGCGAGAAGUCAGCAAGCUCAACCGCUGCCGUUGCAACGUGGCCAGCGCCACCUGCGAGGUGACGGCCAAACAGCCAGCACGAAUCGUCGAACUCAACGACAUGCCCGAGGAAGGCAACCAGACAACGCGCAGCCACACGCAUAACGUCACAACGACCAUGACGCCCAAC